UUCAUAGAUGGUAGCAAGUUGGGGCAGUUGAGUGUUGGGUUAGAAGUGUGUUUUGUAUAAUUGAUCAUCGAUCUCUUUUUACAGUUUAUUUUCUUUACGUAUAUCAGCUGAUUUAACAGACGGUAAAUGGUUCUGUGAUCAGCUGAAUCAAGCUUGGAAUGGAGGAUGAUACAGAGUAUGUGAAAUUGCCAGUAGAAGACCGCUGUGUUCAUAAGCUCUGGAAAGCAAGAGUGCAUGGUUAUGAAGAAGCAGCUAAAGUAUUCCGGCAAAUUGAUGACGAAAAGUCUCCUGAAUUCAACAAGUUUGUAGGUCUUGUUCAGAAGUUUGUUGUUGACAGCAAUGCAGUUGCACAGGAAAAGGGCCUGGAAGCUGUUCUUGCCUUUAUUGAGAACUGCGCUGUUUCUGGAAGAACUGUUCGGGAAGUUAUGUCUGGAGUUAUUGCCAAGUGUGUUGCUGCACAAAAAGCAAAAACAAGGGAACUGGCUGUUCAGAUCAUGCUUAUGUAUAUAGAAAUUGAAAAGUAUGAAGCUGUUCAGGAGGAGAUCUUGAAAGGAAUGGAGCAUAAAAAUCCAAAAAUUGUUGCCGCUUGUGUAUCAGUAAUCACACAAGCUCUUAGGGAAUUUGGCCCAAAGGUUGUAAACAUAAAACCAUUAAUAAAGAAGAUACCUGUGCUGCUAGAAGACAGAGAUAAAGGUGUUAGAGAGGAAGGAAAAAUAAUGGUGAUUGAGAUUUAUAGGUGGAUUGGUGAUGCUUUGAAAAGUCAGCUUGCUGCUCUGAAACCUGUUCAGAUGUCAGAAUUAGAAUUGGAAUUUGAAAAGGUGAAAGGCGAGAAAGUAGUCCCCACUCGAUAUCUUAAGUCGCAGCAACAGAAGCAAGCGAAGAUGGUUGCUGAAGCAGUAGCAGCUGGCAAUGCGGAAGAUGAGGCGGUGGAUGACGAGGAUGGUGCUCCAGAAGUAGACCCAUAUGAUCUCUUGGAGCCAGUGGAUAUAUUAUCAAAGCUACCAAAGGACUUUUAUGAGAAAUUGGAAGCAAGUAAAUGGCAGGAGAGAAAGGAAGCUGUGGACAGUCUGGAGCAACUGUUGCAGGCACCGAAACUGGAGAGUGGAGACUACGGGGACGUAGUCCGCGCUCUCAAGAAAAUAAUUUCGAAGGAUACAAAUGUGAUGGUUGUUGCCGCGGCAGGAAAGUGUCUUGCAAGGUUGGCACAUGGCUUGAAGAAGAGAUUUCAGCCUUAUGCUGGUGCCUGUAUCCCUUGCAUCCAGGAAAAAUUCAGAGAGAAGAAACAAAAUGUCGUGCAUGCAUUGCGAGAAGCUAUUGAUGCUGUGUUCCUGAGUACAACUAUAGAAGCUAUCCAGGAAGAUGUCCUUACAGCUCUAGAAAACAAGAAUCCUCAAGUUAAAGCAGAAACAGCAUAUUUUCUUGCAAGGUGUUUCACAAAGUGCACUCCCAUGAUGCUUAACAAGAAACUGUUGAAGGCAUAUACUACUGCAUUACUGAAGACACUUAAUGAACCAGAUCCAACUGUACGAGAUAGUUCAGCAGAGGCUUUGGGUACAGCCAUGAAAGUUGUGGGUGAAAAACAAAUUAUGGUUUUCUUGACAGACCUAGAUAAUUUCAAGAUGACUAAAAUAAAGGAGGCCUGUGAUAAGGCUGUUAUCGUAGCAAAGGUUCCUAAAACUGAUUGUCCCAGCACGGCACCAGCUAAAUUACGUGGAGAUGCAGUUGGAAGUGGCAAAGUUGUGGCAGGAAAUUCUGCAAAACCUGUUAAGAGACCAGCAACAGCAGGAGCUCCUGCACCGCCAAAGAAAACACAACAGAAAAGACAGCCUGCUGGUGCUUCAGCUGCCAAAGUAAAAUCUGCCAAAUUUUCAGAAAAAGACCUGAGUCAAGAAGAAGUUGAUGAAAAGGCAGCUGCUAUUUUCUCUCAGGAAAUAAUUUUGGGACUGAGUGAUAGUAACUGGAAAACUCGUUUGUCUGCUGUGGAGCAGUUAACACAGUCUGUGGUUGAAAUGGAAACUGAAAUCCCAACUCAAGUUGUAAUCCGAAUGUUGAAUAAGAAGCCUGGACUGAAGGAUACCAACUUCCAGGUUUUAAAAGCUAGGCUUGAAGCUGUGAAGCUCUUGGCAGAAAAUGCUCGAUUUACAAGUGUAGUGUUGGGCUACUGUAUAACUGACAUUGCAGACAAGCUUGGUGAUGUUAAGAAUGGAACACUUGCAGCUGAAACUCUAACAUCUCUUGCUGAAGCUACUAAAUUGGAAUUGGUAGCUACAGAGGUUAUAAAUUUUGCUUUCAUUCAGAAGAGUCCAAAAGUGCAGCAAGAAGCACUUGUUUGGCUCUCCACUGCCAUCAGGGAGUUUGGAUUUCAGAGUGUCCAACCAAAGCCCAUAAUGGACAAUGUGAAGAAAGCAGUGAGUGCUACCAAUCCUGCAAUACGUAAUGCUGCCAUGAAUUUAAUAGGCACCAUAUACUUGUACUUAGGAGCACAGCUAUCAGUGUUUUUUGAAGAUGAGAAGUCGCAGGUGCAGCAGCAGAUUCAGGCGGAGUUUGAUAAGCAUGUUGGAGAAUCUCCUCCAGUUCCAAUCCGAGGACAGAAGAAAAAAGAUGACAAGGAAGAUGUGGAGGAAGAUGAAGGGGAGGAUGUCGAACAGACAGUAAAAGAAACAUUAAACAUUCAUGACCUGAUGCCUCAUGUUGAUAUCAGUUCUCAUAUCACAGAGAGUCUGCUUUCAGAACUUGCAGAUAGGGACUGGAAAGUGCGGAUGGAGGCAUUGCAGAAGUUGGCAAGUAUUGUGAGUGAGAAUAAAUUGGUGACAAAUAAUUUGGGUGAACUGCCUCCUGUUCUUGCACAGCGUCUUGUUGACAGUAACAGUAAAAUAGCAGCUGCUGCUAUUGUCAUUUGUCAGUCACUGGGAAAUGCUAUGGGUGUGCAAUGCAAACUUCAUGUGCGUACUUUGAUCCCAGGGAUGCUUCAAGGAAUGGGGGACAGUAAGCCUUGGAUCCGCACCGCGGCAGCAGCAUGUAUCAAUACCUGGGGUGACCACUGUGGUUUCAAAGAAUUCUUUGAUGGAGAAAUGAUUGGAGAUGCCCUCAAAUCUGGGAACCCAGCUUUACGAAUAGAAUUAUGGGCAUGGCUUGCAGAGAAACUUCCUACAUUGCCACCUAGGACUAUACCUAAGGAAGAAUUGUUGAUAUGUUUGCCACAUUUGUAUGCAAAUGUGGAGGAUCGCAAUGUGGAUGUUAGGAAGAAUGCCCAGGAAGCGAUUCUUCCAUUCAUGAUGCAUUUGGGAUAUGUAACAAUGGCCAAAGCUACAGAGAGGCUGAAGACUGGAUCUCGCACUGUCAUCAUUGCAAUCCUUGAUAAGGCUCGUCCUAAUCUACCAGACAAACCUGUGCCACCAAAAAAGACAGGAAUGCCCGUUGCUGUUGAUGACGAUAUGGAGCCAAACAAGGUUGUGAGGAGUGGGGGUGCCAGAGCCGCCUCUGGAAAGAAUGCACCUAAAGGCAAAAUUGUUGGUGGAGCGUCUAAACCAAGUGGUCGUAAAAAGGAUGAGGAUGUGGAUACAUCCCCUCUUCUUCAGAAUAACAACUUAAAAAAUCAGCGGUCAGUUGAUGAGCAGAAGCUGAAGGUUUUAAAGUGGAACUUUACAACUCCAAGAGAAGAAUUUGUGGAUUUGCUGAGAGAGCAGAUGACAGUUGCUAAUGUAAAUAAAACACUUAUGGCAAAUAUGUUCCAUUUAGACUUCAAAUUCCAUCUUAAGGCAAUUGAUGCUCUAAGUGAGGACUUGCCCAAUAAUGGAAGUGCCACAAUUGCCAACUUGGAUUUGAUUUUGAAAUGGAUGACCCUACGAUUCUUUGAUACGAAUCCAUCAGUCUUAUUGAAAGGUCUUGAGUAUUUGCAGACUGUGUUUGCCAUGCUGAUUGAAGAGGAAUACAACAUGUUUGAGAAUGAGGCCUCAUCUUUCAUUCCAUAUCUCAUUCUGAAGAUUGGAGAUCCUAAGGAUGCUGUUCGGAAUGGUGUCCGAGCAUUGAUUAGGCAAACUGAACAAGUGUAUCCAGCUACAAAACUUUUUGCAUAUGUGAUGGAAGGCUUGAAGUCAAAGAAUGCAAGGCAGCGCACUGAGUGCCUUGAGCAACUUGGUUCCCUAAUUGAAAGCUAUGGAGUGACAGUUUGCCAACCAAACCCCAGUGCUGCCUUAAAGGAAAUAGCUCGACAGAUUUCUGACCGUGAUAAUUCUGUGAGAAAUGCUGCACUCAACUGUGUCGUACAAGCAUACUUCAUUGUACAAGAAAAAGUGUACAAAUUUAUUGGACAGAUUUCAGACAAAGAUUUAUCACUGUUAGAAGAACGUAUCAAGCGAGCUGCAAAGACUAGGGAAACACGAGCACCCAAUGCAUCGAAGCAGCAACCCCCACAGCAGUUGCAGCAGCCUCAACCACAGAAAGUGUUGCCUCAGGGGAAUGCAGGCACCAUCAAAAAGGAACCCAUUAGACAAGAUGAGUCUCCACCACCUCCCCCACCAACAAUGAGGAGCACUACACCGAAACCAAGGCCAGUCUCUACAGGUCCAUUUGGCUUGGACUUUGAUUUGCUGGAGCGUAUUGAGGGGAAGGGGGUACAUUUAAAUCCUCCGAAACUUAUAGAAUUUGACUUACAAGACAUCCUUAAUGAUGCUCCUGUCACAAUGCCAAGUGUGAAUACAGGCUAUCCAACACUGUCACGGCCACCUGCAUUACAACCCUCUCAAUUAAACAUGUUGCAUAACAUCGAUGAGAAGACGAACAUGGUACUGGAUUCCUAUAUAUCCAACUUCUCCUCUCCUGAUAUAAAGUUGGUAAUCCAAACUGCAUUCCAGCUGGAUGCACUGCUACAGUCAGAUAAGGCAGUGAAAUUGAAAGGCAAAGUAGAUCAGGUGAUACUGGGAUGUGUUAUGCAACUUCGUCUACUUAACUCAAAUCACUAUAUGAGCAUUCCCAAAGGAGAUGUUACAAGAGUGUACCGAGCCCUCUUUAUGUUGCUGUUGUCGUUUUACAACAAUAGUGUCCUGUCUUGCCAAGUUUCAAAAGAUGUGUUGCGCGAUCUGGUAGAGCAGUUGAUCAGUCUGUUAGUAAAUGGGCAUAUGGAGGAGUUAGAGAGUGGAGAAUCAUACAUUCGAAUUAUCAACACAUUGGUAGUUCGUGUCAUUGAACGUUCUGACCACACUAAUAUCACAUGUGCUCUGCUCAAACUGCUGUAUGAGAGUGCGGGAAGUUCCACAUCUUCUCAUAGGUUUAUGGAGCUGGUAAUGAAGUGCCUAUGGAAGGUUGUGAAGCUGUUCCCUGGGUGGGAAGCAGAAAUUGACUUUGAUAUGGUCCUCUAUGACAUUCAUCUCUUUCUGAAGGAUUUUCCUUCGGCGUCGUGGAAGAAGCGGCCAUCAGAUACUCCUUUGCGAACAGUUAAGACCAUUCUCCACUGCAUGACAAAGAUCAAAGGCAACGGGAUCUUAAUGCAUCUCAGUAGAAUUGAUAACCCUACUGAAUCAGAGCUGCAUUCAUACCUGUUGAAGAUAAUCAAGACUGUGAAGCAUGAGUCCAGUCCUCCGAAGAAAGAAUCAAAAUCACAUCAGCUACCUAAAACUACAUAUGGGCUUUUAUCAGAGAUAUUUAAGAAAAUUGGGUCUAGGGAUCAGACAAAAGAGGGUUUGUCACUUUUGUAUGACUUUAAACAACAGCAUCCAGAAGCUGAUAUUGAUCGUUUCCUUCGGAAAUCUUCACAGUUUUUCCAAGACUAUGUUGAAGCUGGACUGCAGGAAAUUGAUAAGGAUAGGAAAAAAUCUGUAGGGCAAUUAGUACAUACUGUCCCAGCUGCCGCUCCCCCGAUGGUUCCAUCAAGUAUGAGCUCCUUAGGAAUAACGGCCUCCAGUGGAGUCACACUUCAGAAUAUUGAUGUCGGUGGAGCUGAUUUACGGAAUCCAAAAGCAGCAUGCAUGGAUCAGCUUCAAACCUUGAGGGCUCGUGUUAUAAUAGAGAGUGGCGGUGAGGACUCAGAUUCAAGUUCAGGUUCAAAGAAUCUCUACUAUUUGGAGAGGCUACGGGCAUUGCAAGUGCAGGCAGGCCUUGAACCAUCAAGUCUCGUCCUCGACCCCAGGCAGCGAGGUCCACGUGAUACAGAUGACAAUGCUGUAAAUGAUGAGAACCUUAACAAAAAACCAUUUGUCAUUGAUAGGCCUCAAGAGUUGUUACCAAUUCAACGUAGUCCAAGUAACAGUGGAUUCUCUGGAGUGGAUGCCUUGCGUAAACGUCUGGAGGAGUUAAAAGGCUCAGCAACAGAGUUGUUCCCAGUUCAACGUAGUCCAAGUAACAGUGGAUUCUCUGGAGUGGAUGCCAUGCAUAAACAUCUGGACGAGUUAAAAGGCUCAGCAAGAGAAAGCCAGUAGUCUAUGAUACAACCACCAUCCUUCAGAACUGUAUUUUGCUUUCGCAGCAUGCAUGUUGUUAUGAUAUAAUGACCAACACUGGACAUGGAAGUGAAAGUGUUAAAUGAGUGGAACUUUGUGCUCAGGUAAUGGGGCUGAACAUAUAAAAUUUGAGUAUUAUAUGAGGAACACCUAUACAUUCAGAAAUAUUGAAUGGGGAUUUCACUGUCUCUCUUGCUGAUAUAUUGGCUUCAUUCCAGAAAAAGUGUAGAAGUGAAGAAUUAUCUUAACAGGUUUAAAAUCUCUUACCCCUUUUUUAAGUUACAGGUUGAUAUAAAUAUUUAUUUUUUACAAUUGUGAUAUGCCCAUUCUUUAAGGUUAGGUGUUUAUAAGAUAUUCCUUUUUGUAUUGCAGUUAAUAAGUACUCUUAGAAAACAUCUGAUUUUAAUUUUGUCAGUUUUUAAAGUUUUUAGUAUUUAAUAGGAAACAUUUUGAUUCUAUGGACAGCCAGGCAUGUGAUAUAAAAGAUAUAUUUUUUUCCUUCCCAAUUCAGUUAAAUUCAUAUAUUAUAAUUAAAUAUGAACACAAAUUAUGAUGGCAUAGUAAUAUAAUUGCACCUUACCACCUGGCUAGUAACAACACUUUUUCAGUAGUGCUGACACAGUUCAUUGAUAUUUAUUUUCUGAUCCCAGAAUUUGUAACUUGAAUGAUAUUAUAUAUACCUGUGAUUCCACUGGUCCAUUAUCUCUAUAUAGAACUGUAACUCUUUACUGAUCUGAAUCUUCCAUCUCUACUUCUGAAAAUGUUCAUCAGUUCUGUGUGUGUAGCCUCAUUGUAAAGAAUCCUAAAUUGUUUUUUUCAUGAGUCUGAUUAUAAGUUGUUCUUGCACUAAUAAAUUACAAUAGUUACUAUGAUACUGGUUGUCAUAAUUCUCCCAUGCUUGAAUUAAUUAUUGCAAGUGCUUAAACACUUAAUGUAUUAAUUUACAGGUAUAACUUUAAAUUAGCUGAGUUAAUUGAUUUGUUCAUGGCUGUAUAAAUAACAGUAAAUAAAUGUUCAUGAUGAUAA